GCGCUCCAAAGAGAAAGUAAGAAAGUAAAGGUUUAAACACUUUUGUCUUCAUAAGAGUAAAGGUUUAAUUAAACACUCUUCGUCUUCAUACAAACAAACACACACAUCAAACUCCGACCUUGAAUCAGCUCAACACUUAAAAUUAAAGAACUUGGGAGUUGAUCAACUUUGUAUAUAUGUCUGGAACAACAAGCCGAUCUUGUAGCAGCAGCUCUGGUGGUGCUAACAAGAAUCACGAUGCUCGAGGCGGCGAGGCAAACCCCCCUCCACCCAAUACAAGCUUUGAGAAGCCUAGUAAUGUGGAAGGAGAGCAAACUUGGGUUAUGAAUGGUGGUGUGAAUUCCGAUUCCAGUAGUAAUGCUGAUUUGCCUGCUAAUGGAGGAGCUGAUGUACAGCUUGGUGUUAAGCAGGCUGUUGUGGCAUCUCAGAAAAGCACCAGGAGUGUGCGAGAAGCUACAGCGACGAAUGUUCCUGCCGUCAGCUCCAGCAUAAUGGCUUCCUCUACCCUUGUCGAAGGUGGAGGUUUUCCGCUGCAGUUUGGAUCAGUAAGUCCUGCUUUGAUGCAGGUACCUCAUCCAACUAGCUCAACACCUCCAAAUAUGGAUAACCAGAAACGAGACCAGGCUCUUUAUAAUGAUUACUUAAGAGCUGCACCAGUUCUGCGCCAGUUGGAAGGUAUUCUAGACAAGUUAACUCCACAAACCUUUGAUAGACUAUUCGAGCAAGUCAAACAAGUUAAUAUUGACAAUUCCGGUACUCUAGCUGGUGUGAUAUUCCUAAUACAUGACAGAGCUCUGAUGAAACCGGCAUUUUGUAAAAUUUAUGCUGACUUCUGCUAUCGUCUUUCUCGUGAGUUGCCUGAUUUUAGUGAAAACAAUGAAAAAAUUACUUUUAAAAGGCUCCUUAUAAACAAGUGCCAGGAGGAGUUCGAGAGAGGUGAGAGUGAACAAGAAGAAGCUAACAGGCCCGAAGAAGAAGAAGCUGAGACUAAGCAGUCCGACGAAGAAGGGAGAAAAAAGAGAAUCCAGGCACGAAGGCGAAAGUUGGGCAACAUCAUACUAAUUGGGGAAUUAUACAAGAAAAAGAUGUUGACAGAAAGAAUCAUGCAUGAAUGCAUUAAAAAAUUGUUGAUUCAGUAUCAGAAUCCUGACGAGGAAGAUGCAGAAAUAUUGUGCGAAUUGAUGAGCACAAUUGGACGGAUGAUUGACCAUCCCAAAGCCAAGGUUCACAUGGAUGCAUAUUUCGACAAAAUGGCCAAGCUGUCUAAUAACAUGAAACUUUCUUCUAGGGUGAGAUUUAUGCUGACAGACUUAAUUGACCUGCGGAAGAAUCAAUGGCAGCAGAGGUGGAAAGCUGAAGGUCCAAAAAAGAUCGAAAAAGUGCAUAGAGAGGCUGCCAAUGCACGGCAAACUCAAUCUAAUUGGUUUACUGGUAGACCAAGUAUGGGAUUUUCUUAUAGACGUCAGCAAUCCAUAGACUAUGCAUCAGGAGGAUCUAGUAUAUCACAUGCCGCUGCUCGGGGUGCUUACGGUGCACAUUCAGAUUUACAUGGAGGAGUUGAUGCACAGGUCAGUGUCAAGCCGGCUAUUAUGUCAUCUCAAAACAUCACCAGGGGUGGGCCAAAAGUUCCAGCUGUGAAUGCUUCUGCUGUAAGCUCCAGUAUAAUGCCCCCCUCAACCCUUGUAAAAGGUGAAGGUUUUCCACUGCAGUUGGGAUCAACAAGUUCUGGUUCGAUGCAGGUAACCGCUCGAACUAGCUCAGCACUUCCAAAUUUGGAUGAACAGAAACAAGAACAGGCUCGUUAUGAUUUCGUGAGAGCUGCACAUGUUCUGCACCGGUUGGAAGGUAUUCUAAAUAAGUUAACUCCACAAAACUUUGAUAGACUAUUCGAGCAAGUCAAACAGAUUAAUAUCGACAAUGCUGGUACUUUAGCUGGUGUAAUGUCCCUAAUAUAUGAUAAAGCUCUUAUGAAACCGACAUUGUGUGGAAUGUUUGCCAACUUCUGCUAUCAUCUGUCUGAGGAGUUGCCUGAUUUUAUUGAAGACGAUGAAAAAAUUACUUUUAAGAGGUUACUCUUAAACAAGUGCCAGGAGGAGUUCGAGAGAGGUGAGAGAGAACGAGAAGAAACUAACAGACCUGAAGAGGAAGGUGAGACUCAGCAGUCUCGUAAAGAAAGGGAAAAAAAGAGAAUCCAAGCACUAAGGUUAAAGUUGGGCAACAUCAAACUAAUGGGGGAAUUAUACAAGAAAAGGAUGUUGACAGAGAGAAUCAUGCAUGAAUGCAUUAAAAAACUGUUGGGUCAGUAUCAAAAUCCUGACGAGCAAGAUGUAGAAGUAUUGUGCAAACUAAUGAGCACGAUUGGAGAGAUUAUUGACCAUCGCAAAGCCAAGGUCCACAUGGAUGCAUAUUUCGACAUGAUGGCCAAGCUUUCUGAUAAUAUGAAACUUUCUUCAAGGGUAAGGUCCAUGCUGAAGGACUCAAUUGACCUGCGAAAGAAUCAAUGGCAGCAGAGGAGGAAAGUUGAAGGUCCAAAAAAGAUCGAGGAAGUGCAUAGAGAAGAUACCAGUGAACGACAAGCUCAAUCUAUUAGGUUGACUCGUGGUCAUGGAUCAAGUAUGGGGUCAUCUUAUAGACGCCAGCAACCUACAGACUUUGCUCCAACUGGUGCUUUUCGUGCGUUACCACAACUACAACCUGGAUAUGACGUUCAAGAUUUUCGUUAUAAUGAGAGACCCCCUUCUGAGAAAUAGGACUUCAUCAGUUCCAUUUCCCCAGAGGCCAAUAGGCAAUGACUCUAUCACUCUUAGGCCCCCUAAGGUGGCCUGAGUCUGUUAGAGGGCAACCAGCUGCUGCUGGAGGGGAAUGUCUAUAAGUAUUCUUACUGAUUACAUGUAAUAUAUGAUUAUAUCUGUACCAGUUCAUGUUAUGUUAGUUUUUAUCAGUUGGGUAUAUAUAGGCAGCAUUAUAAGCAAAAGAAAUGGCCUAUAUGCUAUAUUAGUGGGUUGAUGUUUGAUGAAUUCAUGUAUCUUUUUUUUGACAAUCCAGGCUUAUAUGCCUUACAAAUAAAUAUCUGUUCUAAUA